AUGGCCUCGGAACGUGAGAGGAUCAACAGAAUUUUGGAGGGUUUCGACCCAAUUGCUCAUGGCCUUGCAGAGGAUUUUAUUCUCACGAAAUUGACUGCUAUGAAGGGAUGUGGAUGUAAAGUUCCGCGAGCGAUUCUUCUGGACCUUUUGAAGACUUUCGGAUCUGACGUUGUUAUCGACAGUGACGGUGUUGGUAUUGGGCUUGAUAGCUGCGUCGUACCACUUCGACAUAAGGGCUUGAAUCUUGUUCAAACAACCGACUUUUUCUACCCCUUGGUUGACGACCCGUACCUCAUGGGCAGAGUGACAUGCGCUAAUGUGCUGAGUGACCUGUAUGCCAUGGGUAUCGUCGACUGUGAUAAUAUGCUCAUGUUGCUGGGAGUUGCUGUUGAGCUUAGCGAGAAGGAAGCGCGAUAUAAUCGUCUCUAUGUUCAUAAAAGGAUUCAAGGUGAUACCGCUGACUCCGCUGAAACCAAGGUUCGUGGUGGGCAAACCGUUCGCUGUCCUUGGCUUCUUCUUGGAGGUGUUGCAAGUAGUGUGGCUGCUGAUGAAGAAAUUAUCAGAGUUGACCAAGCUAAGCCUGGAGAUGUUUUAAUACUUACGAAACCGAUUGGUGGUCAGGUUGCUGUCAACUCUUACGAAUGGCUGAAAAAGAAGAACGGACGAGUUGAAGAGUUAGGUCUCGAUGAAAGCAAAAUCGUUCGAAAUGCUGCAAGAAUGCUCCAUAAGUAUCAUGCUCAUGCCUCCACUGAUGUGACUGGGUUUGGACUCCUUGGCCAUGCGGACAAUCUUUCGCGUGCUCAACAGGCAAACGUUCGUUUUGUCAUCGAUACGCUGCCGAUAAUUGAAUACAUGGACGAGAUCGCAUUGAAAAUGCCAAAUCGAAACGGUUUCAAUCUAUUUGGAGGAACAUCUGCAGAGACAAGUGGAGGUCUGCUCGUAGCUGUAAGCCCUGAAAACGCUGAGCCCUUUAUCCGUGACAUGGAGUCGCUCGAUGGUUUCCCAGCCUGGAUAGUUGGCCAUGUCGAAGCAUUAAGCGGAGAACAGAACCACGCUAUCAUCAGCGAAAACUACAAAGUGAUAUCCGUGCCAUCGAAAAUCCACGGCUGA